CGUACAUGCGUGUGUGCGUGGUGCGUGCGUACGUGAUACGUGCGCGUGGUAGAUGCACGCGCGCACGUACGAUACACGUGUCCGUCUGACACACGUCGGUGGGCCCCACGUUUCUUUUCCCCCCCAUCGAAAUUCACGGUCUGAUGGCAGAGGAACUUGGACGUGCGAACCGAUCGAACAGACGAGUGUAUAACGGUGCGAGGUGUAUACGUCGACGCGCCGCUGCGUGCACCGCGACGGCUUCCCUUCGACGAGGGCUAUCGAUCGGCCAGUGUCGCGACGAGGGCGACCGUCAGGAGAUUACCGGCCGGCUCGCUGGAGCUGGGAACAGCUGUCAUAUAGAAAAGAUGAUAAUUUCGGACUUUGUACUUUGCAAGUACUUUGAGAUGUCAAAGAUCAAGUCUUCGGGAAUGAGAACUUACAUUCCCGGAAUAUGUUAAGGACAUCGUUGUUAGAUCUUAGUAAAAUAUACGUAGCAGCGUCGAUCGGACGGAAAUAACGAGGAAAAAAGAAAAGGAUGCAAAGGAUGUUGAUGCACACAUAAGAAACCUGUCUGAAUAUUAAAUGGCAGACAGACCAAUGAAAUAAUGAGAAAGAGCGCAUGUUUGUCAUUUGCAGAGCAAACAACGAAUGUUUAGAUCCUCACACCUCGGAGGCCUUUGAAUGUGAAACACAAAGCUCACACCGCGCACAAGCAAUAACACAAGUAAUAAGUGGUAUCUGAAGGUGUAUCUACACAUGACGAAGUAAUUGUGUAUUUGUGGAGGUACAUGGUCACAAAGCGCAUAAUUCGCAUGGCAUAUUCUGACCUUAAACCCCUGUAACGCGCAGUUUUAUUUCUUAUGUAAGUGCUGACAUGGCGCAGCAGCAACGUAGCGGAAUGCAUCGUUUGUUUGUUUGCAAAUUAACGGUGUCUUCGCAACAACGAAGUUAUUGGAAGACUAGUUUGUGAUCAUUUAUACGUCAAGAACUCCAAAUGCCACCGCUUGAUUGGAUAGAUAAAAUAAAUCAGAUCUGUGAAGUUGUCUUGCUGAGAAAGAAGAAAGAAACAUCAUUUAUCUUCCAUCAGCCCUUGCUACAGAUUUGCCGGAAAACCAAUCUGAAAGCAUCCUGAAUGCUGUGCUCGAAAGUCCAAUAAGCGAUUUUGGACAUCUCUGCCGCUGGACCAAGCAUUUGCAGCUAGAAAUAUCUCAAGGAACGUAUACGAGUGUCCCCGUGCGCUACAUGCGCUUGCUUCUCGGAACGACUUCCGAAUGUCACGGCGAAAAAAUUCUCGUGACACGAGAUAACGAUGUCAGGAUCGAUAGAGUGUUAUUAAAACGAACAUCCGACGCGUACGAAGUUAUUAAUCGCGCGAUUAAAAUUCAAUAGAAGGAUAUCCUAGUUUACAAGAAAGUUCUAAUAAAAGUUCCCUUUCUCCCUUUCUCUUUUUCUCUUUCUCUCUUGCGCAUUGAGAAUACAAAAUACGAAGAGACCAUUCCCGAGCGAGAUGGCGUACGACGACGUUAUUCUUCAUAUGGGCGAAUUCGGCCGCUACCAGCGCAGAGUCUAUCUUCUGCUCUGUCUUCCAGCGAUAUCAUGCGCCUUUCACAAGCUAGCCGGUGUAUUUCUUGGAGCGAAAAUGAACUCGAGGUGUUUACUUCCACACGAGCACGCGGAAAACGCCACGUUCCAUCUCAAUCAGGAUGUAUUGAACGCGAGUUAUCCGUGGGACUACGAGCUCCGAGGGUGGUCCCAGUGCAUGAGCCGUGACAUUAUCAGCCUCGCAAACGGUACGAUCGUUGGAAACGUAAUUGGCAAUGGCACCGAAGGAGGAGGCAUCAGUAGUUGCAAGCAAUAUGUAUACGACACGAGCGUGUAUAAAAGUACAACCACUUCCGAGUGGGACUUGGUCUGUGACAAGGCGUGGCUGAGAGCGACGGGGGACUCGCUGUUCAUGGUAGGAGUCAUGCUUGGCUCGAUGAUAUUCGGCGGUUUGUCCGAUAAAUAUGGUCGUAGACCAAUUUUCUUCCUGUCUUUAGUCAUACAGCUGGUCGGCGGCAUACUAGUUGCUGUUGCGCCCGAGUUUAUUUCCUACGUAAUCUUCAGGUUAAUUGUUGGCUCAACCACCAGUGGGGUGUUCCUAGUAGCUUAUGUCAUAGCUUUGGAGAUGGUCGGACCGAAAAAGCGAUUAGUAGCCGGAGUCGGAUGUCAAUUGUUUUUUACUACUGGAUAUAUACUCACCGCUGCCUUCGCGUAUUUUAUUACUGACUGGAGAAUGUUGCAAGUAGCUAUCACAGUACCAAGCAUAGCGUUUCUACUUUAUUGGUGGUUCAUUCCUGAAUCCGCGCGAUGGCUUCUAACAAAAGGUCGUCUUCGAGAAGCCAAAGAUCUGCUGCAACGUGCUUCUCUAGAGAAUGGUGUAGAGAUGCCGAGUGAGGCUCUAGACACGCUUCUUAAUAAUAACAGCGAAGAUAGCAUGCCCGAUACAAAAAAGCCUUCACUCUUUGAUCUGUUCCGUUAUCCGAACUUGAGGCGGAAGAGCAUUCUUCUAUUUUUUAAUUGGCUUGUCAACAGUGGCACGUAUUAUGGAUUGUCUUGGCACGCGUCCAAUCUUGGCGGUAAUGACUACGUUAAUUUUGUAAUAUCUGGGGUAGUGGAAGUGCCGGCAUACACGUUCCUGAUUUUCACACUGAAUAGAUGGGGCAGAAAAAUAAUUCUUUGUGGCUGUAUGAUGUUGUCUGGAUUAGCAUUACUUGGCACAUUAUUCGUUCCUGCUAAUAUGCCAUGGUUAAUCGUCUGCUUGGCGAUGAUAGGAAAACUUGCUAUUACAUCCUCUUAUGGUGCAAUUUACGUGUUUACUGCCGAACAAUUUCCGACUGUCAUACGAAAUGUUGGAUUGGGUGCGAGUUCUACUUUUGCUCGAAUUGGUGGCGUUAUCGCGCCAUAUGUUAAUCAUCUGGUAUGUUAUAUUUAUAUACUCAUUCCUUGAUAUCUUUA